AUGUGUGUUUAUUUAAAUUACUGCAAUAGGAUAAAUAAUUUGUUAAUAAAAAAGGUAAACAUUACCCCACUUUUCAAUAAAAAGUUGCUUCAAAACAUAUUUUCUGUGAGUGCAAGAAAUAUGUCUGAUUCCCAAGAAGAUGUACUAAUUCAAAAUGUAGAUGAUAAGGGAAUAAUCUGUUUAAACCGCCCCAAAGCCUUAAACUCGUUAAAUUUAUCUAUGGUUAGAAAAAUUUAUCCCACACUGGCCAAGUGGGAAAAAGAGAAAACACUAGUCAUUGUCAAAGGAGCUGGAGAUAAGGCAUUUUGUGCUGGAGGUGAUGUGAAGGCAGUAGUAGAAUCUGCAUUUGAAGGAGGCGAUUUGGGAAAUCAAUUUUUUAGGGAAGAAUAUAUAUGUAAUGGACUUAUAGGGUCAUACAAAAUUCCAUACAUAGCCUUUAUUCAUGGUAUUGUCAUGGGGGGUGGAGUUGGCUUGUCUGUCCAUGGAAAAUAUCGCGUGGCCACUGAGAAAACGCUCUUUGCAAUGCCUGAGACACAAAUCGGUUUGUUUCCUGAUGUUGGAGGCACCUACUUUUUGCCCCGUCUAGGUGGUCAAUUGGGUUACUAUCUUGCACUUACUGGGUUUAGGUUAAAGGGUUCGGAUGUUAUGAAAGCAGGGAUUGCAACUCAUUUUGUGCAAAGUGAUGAUCUGCAUAACUUGGAACAGGAAUUGUUACAAUGCAAAAAUGAGAAUGAUGUGCAAUAUACUUUGAAAAAGUUCCAUGUAAAAGAUUUGCCGGAGUUUAGUUUAACCAAGGAUUUGGAUAAAAUCAAUUAUACAUUUGCUUCUGAUACUGUUGAGGGUAUAGUACAAAAAUUAGAAAAUGAUUGUUCAGAAUGGGGGCAGCAAACUUUAAAAUUGAUGCAAAAAAUGUCACCUACUAGUCUUAAGGUGUCUUUAAAGGCAUUGGAAAUUGGCAAAAAAAUGGAUUUGUUGGAUUGUCUUCAAAUGGAGUACAGAUUGGCUACAAGUUGUUUGGCUAACAAGGAUUUCCUAGAAGGUGUAAGGGCUCUUUUGAUAGACAAAGAUCAAAAUCCCCAAUGGUCUCCAAAAAAAAUUGAGGAUGUUACCAAUGACAUUGUCCAUAGUUUUUUUACAAAACUACCGGAUCAUCAAGAGUUGAAACAUCGGCUGUGA